GGCAAUAUGGCAAUACUGACAGCACAUAACAUACUAGACUGAGUGAUACGAUGUUUUGAUAAAACUUUUUCAAAUUUACAUUUUUGGCUGUCAUUCCCAAACAUUGUGUUCCAGAAGGGUAAGCGUUUAUCUACGACCAUGCAUCAUAUAAUUGUAUGUGUUUCGAGGAGUAAAAUGAAGUAUCGUACAAUCGCAUGCAAAAGUAAGGUUAUGUGUUUAACUUUUCUCCAGUGUUGCCAACCAGUACAGAACGAUUGCUCUUGAAGCAAGUUAAAAAACCCCUAAAUUUUAUUUAAAAUUUUGUUUAUCAAUUACGAACAGAAAUGUGUGUGCAUCUGUGUGUAGUUAGGCCCUAACCCAAAAAUCCCACUAAAAAAUGUAAUCCCCUAAAACAAACCCGUUCAUACAUUUUCGCCCUAAAUCUAUGGGGGAAACAGACAAGUAACAAUGAAGUUGAAAACCCGCAAAGAAAAGUGAAUUAUAAAAAGACUCAUAAAUUAUAUUAGUUUGGUAGAGGAGCCAUUUAUGUUUCUUAAAAUGAAUUUAACUAAUUUACUAAGAUUAAUUUUAAAUACAUAUGACUGUGAUGAAUAAAUAUUUUUAGUACGUAACAAUUAAAUAUAUAAUUUUCGAUUGACAAGUAUAUUUUCAGCAAUAAAAAAUGUAAAUUGAUAUAUUACGAAGUGUUUGCUUUUUUAAAUAUGAAUAAAAAUCGUUCCCUCAAUUUUGAAUUUUACUUUUUAACUUCCUCACCCCCUUUUAAACUCAAAACGGUUGGAGACCACUAUAACAUUCCAGGCAAGUAACUCAUGUACUAUUAAAUUUACGAAAAAAAUCUUAAUAAAGUAAUUUUUAUAUUUUUUUUUUUAGAAUCAGCCAUAUAUUGUCAUUUCAACGCAAAUUACCAUUCGAUAUAGCGGUCAUACUUCAAAUUAACUUUGUAUAACAUUCAUGAUUAUAUUACGAUGAUGAUUAUAUUAUAUUACUUAUAAGUACGAAUCUAAUAAAUGACAUAUGUAUAAAAAUAGUUACAAAUCAGAAGUUUGUUCAUCGCUAUUACAUGUCAAUAUAAAAUGAUGCACUUCGUGAAUUUCAGGGGUAUUUCUACAAUGAUGCUACGCGAUUUUCUUUUAUAUUUGUUAUAUACUGAUAUGCAUAACAAUACAUAAAUACAGAAUACGAAAAACAUGAUAUCAUUGAAAAUAUGUAAAUAUUUCCUUAUUCCUGAAACAAAAGUCCUAGUAAUAUUUAUGUAAAAUAUAACUUACAAAAUUUAUUUUAUUUUGUAUGUAUAUUCUUAUCAGUAUUUUCUAUGGUACUUCUGCAAUUUAUUUGUUUCUGAAGUACGUUUAUCAUUCUACUAAACCUUUAUUAGUUAGACCUUUAUAACAUCUGUACGAUGCUCGUGUCAUACAAAUUUAUGCACAUACGAAAAUCUGUGAGAAUAUUUGCGAAGCAAUGAAGUGAUUUUCCAAUUACAUAAUUUAACAUUUAUAAUGUUAAUUAAACGAAUGCUAAAACCAAAACGUAUGCUGACGCACAAAUGUUUAUCUUAUGUAUGAUUUAAGUUUAAUCAGGGUACGUAAAAGUUAGUAUAGUGCGCGUAUCCUGUUAUGCUGAGAUUACUGUUUUAAAGAAUAUCACGACCAUAACCUAAAAGAUACGAUUCAAAACGUGUAAUCACAUUUGAAAUUAUAUUUUAUUUACAAUAAAAGUAACAUGGAUACGAUUUUCGAAAUUACCGCAUCAAAUACAUAAUCUAAAAAAGUUGAUAAAGAACAAAAUAAUAGGGUUCAGCUUUUAUAAAAACAUAACCAAAUAGCAGCUUUCAAGCAAAUUGACUAUCACAACAAAUAUAUAGUCUUAACUGUAAGCUGAUUUUUAAUUCUUGUAUAUUUUUGGUGAAAUUGCAUUUAUCUAUGUAUUUGAAAGGAAUGAAAAGGAAAACAAGAAUGUGAAUAUAAAUUUUAAUUAAAUAUGUUAAAGAAGCAUGUCUGUUUGUGACAUAGCUUUAGUGCAUACUGCAUCCAAGCUUACUAUGUAUAUUAGACUCCAAUGCUUCUAGUUGCACAUACAUAUGUAAAAUAACAUAUACAAUAAUAUUGUUCUUCUUAAAUAUAAAUUACUUUUGAUCCCAUUAAAUGCAAUAUUUAAUAAUACACAUGUCAAUUGUGUCAAUAUCAUUUAGAAAAUAUAUAUGAUACAAAGCCUUUGAAAGUAUUGUCAUAAAAUUGUGGGAAUGGGCAAUUGUCUGGGUAAAGAUACUCCAGAAGAACAUGAGGCAUAUAGUAGACAUAAUCGUGCAUAUGCUCAAAAUACUGUGUUAUCAGAAUCAAGUAUAGGUACAGUUUCAUCCAGUGAUAUGACUGCUACGCCUUUCAAAUUUCCAACUUCAUUUAACAUUGAUAAGUUGGUACUAGAGACACUAGGAAUUCUUGGCUCUCUCGUUGAUAAUGAGCAAGGACCACCACCUGUAAUGUUAAAAUUACAUGCAAUUGCUGAUAAAGAAGAUGGGUGGAUACAAGUAGUCAGUUCAAUGGUUAAUGUUAUUCCUAUGCAUAACCCAUUGGGUCCUUCAGUUAUUACACUUUUAUUAGAUGAUUGUCCAUUGCCUUCAAAGGUUUCUGUUCUACUACUAUCACAUAUGUUUCAAUUAUCACAAAAACUUGGAAAUGUACAAACCAGUGCAACUCAGCAACGUAAUAUCUGUGUAGUAUUGGGUUGGAUAGCAGAAAAAUUAGCUGGUCCUACUAGCAUUGCAAUAUUAUCUGAUGCAACUUUAAAUUAUCUCAUCUCAAAUCUUAGAGAAAAUGUUGAGCCUUAUGUCGUAUUAUUUUCACUAAUAGCUUUAGAAAAGUUUGCACAAACAAGUGAAAAUAAAAUAACUAUCACGAAACGUUUAAUGGUGGAGAAAUCAAAUCCAUUAUUAGAACUGGAGAAAUGGACAACAGAAUUUCAUUAUGUACGGCGCCAAGUGAGUUUCUGUGCACAGUGGUGUCUAGAUAACUUAUUUUUAAUGGAAGGUAGAAAGUAUUCUCACGAUACAGUUGAUAUGAGCGGUAUAAAUGUUAUGUUGAACACAAGAGAUAGCGAGUACCUGAAAAUAUCACCCAAUGGUUUAGAAGCGCGAAAUGAUGCACAUACGUUUGAGAGCGUACGAUGCACAUUUCAAGUAGAUUCAGGCAUUUGGUACUAUGAAACACUUGUAAUAAGUACAGGAGUGAUGCAAAUUGGAUGGGCCACGAAAGAUAGCACAUUCUUAAAUCAUGAAGGGUAUGGUAUAGGUGAUGAUGAAUUUUCUUUGGCCUAUGAUGGUUGUCGUAGAUUGAUUUGGUAUAAUGCAAAGAGUGAGCAAUGUUAUGAAAGACCAUGUUGGAGAGCUGGUGACAUUUUAGGUUGUUUAUUAGAUUUGAACAAAUUAGAGAUAAUAUUUUCUAUAAAUGGUGUACCACUCAAACCAUGUGUCCAAGUUUUCAAAACAGUGAGGUCUGGAUUUUUUGCAGCAGCUAGUUUCAUGUCAUUCCAGCAAUGUCUUUUUAAUUUUGGCAAUGUACCAUUCAAAUAUCCCCCUACCGAUCGCGAAUUUCAAAAAUUCAAUGAUUAUGCUUCUUUGAAGCCUGAGGACAAGAUUGUGCUUCCUAGACACAUAUACUUGGAUCAAUUGAGAAAACUUAGCGUUAGAGAAGAUUCGUGUACGUUGUGUUUCGACCAAAGAGCUUCAGUAAGAUUAAUGCCAUGCAAUCACAGAGGAUUUUGCGAAACGUGUUCAAAUCAGCUGGUAGAGUGUCCGAUGUGUAGGGCUACAAUCGAAGAAGUAGCUCUCGAUCUUACAUGACACCACAUAAGCAUACCAACACUUCUUAAUACUCUUCCACUACCUUUCUCACAUUAUACAAUUCUCAGGAACUGUAACGAGAUAACCACUGUUGCAACACGCCGUAUGCGUCACGUAUUGGAUAUGACUAUACUAAUAUUCUGUGCAUUUCUUUUCUUACAAUACAGUAUUUUAAAUGAAGAGAAGGACUAUAAAUCGACCUGUAUUAUUUUGAAUGUUGCUUUUAACUAUAUAAAUGUAAUAAACAAAUUAUUAUGCUAUAAAUUCAAAGCACCGAAGAAUAUCAUCUUAUCUCUAUCGGCUGUGCAAACUACUUUCCCUAGAUUUUACCUACAUACAAUUUGCAUUUAUUUAAAUAUCUAAAGUAAAUUAGUCAAAUAAAAUUUGAAUAUUAUUUUUACACUGUAGAUACUGAAAGAAACAAUGUUUGCAAUUUACAAUGAAAUUGCCCCCAAUGUAUGUUGUACAUUUCCAAUUUAAUGUUUGUGACUGGUUCACAAAUAUGUAGAAACUAUUUUGUCCACAAACUUAAAGUUCUUCUCUCUUAAAUUAUGAAAGUCUGCAUUAUUAUUACAAAGUAAGUUUUACUUUAGAAAACUGUAAUAUAUUGAUAUCUUGUAGUAUAUAUUGAAAAAUAUCAUAUAAAUAUAUAUGAGCUCAUAUUAUUUUUUUGUGAAGACAUGAAAUGUUA